GCCAGCUCAAACUCGCCUGGACACUCCUGGUAACUUGUUGAAGAUGACAGGCGAGUCUUGAAUCAGGAGGGCCUUUUUACCGUCAGUGAAAGAGGCAAGAGAGCUUCAGUCGGGUUGGUGCGAAUUCAAGCCCAGGACAUGAGCAGCGACGAACCAGCGGUUGCUGCUGAUGUCAGUCAGACUCGCCCGGAACAAUGUGGUCUGGAGGAGCCGCUUGAAUCUGUCCGGACUGUGGUCGCAACCUGGCGAUGAGCAUCACAUGCCCGUUCACGCAGGCAAGGAGUUCCAGGAUCUAGACCAACACGGCGGUGACGGCGACUGUCUCGGGCAACAGAGUGUUUUGGAAUAACAGCAACACUCAAACCAUGCACAGGAGGCACACCACCCUUCGUGAGAAGGGAAGGAGACAGGCUAUCAGAGGUCCGGCCUACAUGUUCAAUGAGAAGGGCAAAAAUUUGACACCUGAAGAGGAGCGUUUCCUGGAUGCAGCAGAAUAUGGAAAUAUACCAGUGGUGCGCAAGAUGCUAGAGGAGUCAAAGACAUUGAAUUUCAAUUGUGUUGACUAUAUGGGGCAAAAUGCUUUACAACUUGCAGUGGGGAAUGAACAUUUGGAAGUGACAGAGCUCCUUUUAAAAAAAGAGAAUCUUGCACGGAUUGGUGAUGGACUACUGCUGGCAAUCAGCAAAGGUUAUGUGAGGAUAGUGGAGGCCAUUUUAAAUCAUUCAGCCUUUGCCCAAGGGCAUCGUUUGGCCAUGAGCCCACUUGAGCAAGAGCUUCGGGAUGAUGAUUUUUAUGCCUAUGAUGAGGACGGUACACGUUUCUCCCAAGACAUCACUCCAGUCAUUCUUGCUUCUCAUUGCCAGGAAUAUGAGAUUGUACACAUACUACUUCUGAAGGGUGCACGGAUUGAGAAACCUCAUGACUAUUUUUGCAAAUGCAGUGAGUGCGUUGAGAAACAAAAACGAGAUUCUUUUAGUCAUUCCAGGUCCAGGAUGAAUGCCUACAAGGGAUUAGCAAGUGCUGCUCAUUUGUCUUUAUCAAGUGAAGACCCAGUACUUACAGCUUUGGAACUAAGUAAUGAACUAGCGCAACUAGCCAAUAUUGAGACAGAGUUUAAGAAUGAUUAUAGGAAAUUAUCUAUGCAAUGCAAGGAUUUUGCUGUCGGUGUGCUUGACCUGUGCCGAGAUACAGAAGAAGUGGAAGCCAUUCUUAAUGGAGAUGUGGAUUCUGAGCCUCAGGGUGAUCAUCAUAGGCCAUCUCUGAGCAGAGUGAAACUUGCCAUUAAGUAUGAAGUCAAAAAGUUUGUUGCUCAUCCUAAUUGCCAGCAGCAACUGCUUACCAUCUGGUAUGAAAAUCUCUCAGGCUUACGCCAGCGAUCAAUUGCUGUGAAGUGUUUGGCUGUGUUUGGUGUCACCCUCGGCCUUCCAUUUCUUGCGAUUGGAUAUUGGUUUGCUCCGUACAGCAAGCUGGGACAAAUUUUAAGAAGCCCGUUUAUGAAGUUUGUAGCACAUGCAGUUUCAUUCACCAUCUUUCUGGGACUACUGGUGUUAAACGCAUCAGACAGAUUUGAAGGUGUAAAGACCUUGCCCAAUGAAACUACCACAGAUCAUCCAAAACAGAUCUUCAGACUGAAAACGACAAAGUUUACAUGGACUGAAUUAUUAAUAAUGAAAUGGAUACUAGGUAUGAUAUGGACAGAAUGCAAAGAACUGUGGGAAGAAGGACCCAAAGAGUAUAUCUUGCAUUUGUGGAACAUUCUAGAUUUUGGGAUGUUGUCUAUCUUUGUUGCUUCAUUCACUGCAAGAUUUAUGGCAUUUCUGAAGGCUUCUGAAGCACAACUGUACGUAGAUACAUAUGUAAAGGCCAGUGAUCUCUCCAAAGCUUCACUUCCUCCAGAAAUUGAAUAUUUCACUUAUGCUAGGAACAAGUGGCUUCCAUCUGAUCCACAAAUCAUAUCAGAAGGACUUUACGCAAUUGCUGUUGUGUUAAGUUUCUCCCGAAUUGCUUACAUUCUACCAGCAAAUGAAAGCUUUGGUCCACUGCAGAUUUCCCUUGGAAGGACAGUGAAAGACAUUUUCAAGUUCAUGGUCAUAUUCAUUAUGGUGUUUGUCGCAUUCAUGAUUGGAAUGUUCAACCUUUAUUCCUACUAUCUCGGAGCAAAGUAUAAUCCAGCCUUUACAACCGUUGAAGAGAGUUUCAAAACCUUAUUCUGGUCGAUAUUUGGCUUGUCAGAAGUGAUAUCUGUUGUUCUCAAGUACGAUCACAAGUUUAUUGAGAACAUAGGGUACAUCCUGUAUGGAGUGUAUAAUGUUACGAUGGUGGUGGUACUGCUUAAUAUGCUAAUAGCCAUGAUCAACAGCUCGUAUCAAGAAAUUGAGGAGGAUGCAGAUGUCGAGUGGAAAUUUGCUCGAGCUAAGCUCUGGUUAUCUUACUUUGAUGAAGGGAGAACCUUGCCUGCACCAUUCAACCUUAUACCAAGCCCAAAAUCCAUUUACUACCUUAUAUCAAAAAUAAAAACCUGCCUUAUAAAUUUGUGUAAAUCCAAGGUGCAAAAAUCUGAGGGUGACCUUGAAAUGGGCAUGCUGAAUUCUAAGCCAGAUCACCACUAUAAAUCUAAUCCUAGAGGUUCAGAAGGUUGUGGUCUGAAAAAGCCAAUUAGCAAUCCGACAAGAUAUCAGAGGAUUAUGAAACGAUUAAUAAAGCGAUAUGUGCUCAAAGCACAGGUUGACAGAGGAAAUGAUGAAGUCAAUGAAGGGGAACUUAAGGAAAUCAAACAGGACAUUUCCAGUCUUCGUUAUGAACUCCUGGAAGAAAAGUCCCAAGCAACAGGGGAGUUGGCAGAACUCAUUCAGCAACUCAGUGACAAAUUUGGCAAAAAUUUUAAAAAAUAACAAAUAAAUACAACAUAAAAUGAUACCAUCCAUCUCAGUAAAUCUUAAAGAAAUGAGAUGUUUGGCAAAAAAAAUUGUUGAGACAAGGCAGACAGUGGAUUAUUUUUAUACAAUGGGAUUUCAGACAGGCAGUUUAUUUCACGGUGCAUAACAGGAUGAUACUGAAAGGUAUGUAAUUGAGAGAAUAAAUGAAAAUGGACUGAAAUUCAACAAUGGCAGUAAGGAAUUGUGAAGACAAAUGGAUAGAGUAUGUAUCAUUGAUAUAUGCACCUAAGAACAGCAUUCAAUAGGUUAUGAAAUAGCCAUCAGCACCCACAUUUUGGCCUUGCCAAAGCAACAGCUGCUAGUGUCAUGCUCAAAAAUGUCCCCUUUACAGUAAAAACAUGAGGUUUGGUCAAAGGUUGGCAACAAAGCCUGAUCCACAGUAUUUUAUUUUAAAGUCUAAAAGGAAUGUACACUUACCAUGCUAGAGUUAACUGAAAAUUAGUAGCGAGUCAAGAAAUGUCAUCAAUACCUCAGAUUGCCACCAGACCCAUUUUGGACUGUAAUGCUGAAAAAUUCAAAAAUAUGCAUCAAAAGUUUUGAUUUUAAAUUUGAAAGUUUUUUUAACUGACUCUAUUUGUGGAUUAAUAAAUGAAGAAUAACUUAUUAAGACUUCGAACAAACUUUCAUUGGCCAAGUAAACAUUAGAACACAAAUGAUGAUCCCAGCUUCGCUUAGUCUUAAGCCCAGCUUUUGCUAUUGUUGGUGAUUUCAUAAAAGAUGCCAACUGGACUGAAAACACACCCUUUGGUUCCUCUGUCUAAAUGCAAAUUUACAUAAUUUAUGGCUUCAUAUUGAAUGAGCUUCACAGUCACACAGGGCUUCCUUUUGUUCAUCUGCUGAAGAUCAACAUUUGGGAAAAUUAUUUAUAAAUUCUACAAAAAUGUUGCUGUCAGGAAAAAAAGACAGAACUUCAACUUAUUUGAAAAGGAAAAGCAUUGAAGUCUUGGUAGUUUUUACAAAAGAAAUGAACUUUGUAGCUGUUUCAAUAGUAGUCAUAAAAACAAAAGUUAUCAAUU